AGUUUACACUACUUUAUAUACAGUUAGCUAGUUUCAACUACUUUUUUUGGUUUGUUUGUUUUAACUAUCUUAUGAUCAAAGACCAGAAGUUCCACGUUGAUACCAACAGUAUCAGAGAUGCCAGUCAAGAGCUUGAGGCAGCGGUACAAUGUAAGCGUUAAGGACUCAGACCAGAAUAAGCAACUGAAGGAGGAAACCAUCAAAGGCCUUGUUAGUAUAGACAAGACCUUACUUACAUGUUACUUAAAAUGUUGGUGCCUGAAGUUUGGAUUGCUUCCCCGUCUGAUGAGGUUCCCAUCACUAAAGUCGAGGAGCUGGAGAGAACAGUCAGUACAUACAUGAAGAAACGCCUCAGCAAUAUCAGCUUGUAUGGGAACAGGGCUCAGGAACUGCGUAUCACUAGACUUACUGAAGAAUACAAAUGCUUCGAGGUAUGAGAUCAUAUCACUCCCACAACGUCACACUGGACAAAGUAAAUUGUGGAUAUUUGCAAAGACAAAAGCAGUGAAAGGACAGAGCUGCAGGAAUCAACAUGUAGUAUAUAAUUUCAUUUAGGAAGCAAGAUAUGGAGAAAAUCACAUGUUGUUGCCGAAUGUUAGAAAAUUAUAACGUUAAAACAACAGAUUUAUUCCAGAUUCAUGUCGCCAACCGAACCACAGAGCAAAUAAUCUGGUGCAUUCAUGUUCUGGUUGAUUCAGAGCUGCAACUCAAAUUUACAUUCGUAAUUUAACCUGUUUGCUACUAAACUUAAAGAACAUUAUCAAAUAAUUUAUUUUUUACAACAGUGAGUCAUUUCUCUGUUUUUUAUCUAAUGUAUUUGAAUUAUUGUAAUCAAUAAAAAGUUUAAUUAAGCUGAAUAUCCGGAGAACUCAAUAAUAUUAUGAGCUGGUGAGUCAUUUCAGAUCCAAAGAACGUGUUGGAUCUGAAGAAGCACCAGAAAGCAGAGGUGAGUGGUGUGUUUUAAUGAGAAAUGAGCUCCAUUGUACAAAAACAGGGUGAAACACACAGUGUCUCUUUUCAACUGCUCCUCUUCCUGGAAUGAAUCAGUGCUUGAUAACUCCUCCCUCUUCUUCCUGCUCUCAAACACAACAAGCUCCACUCUGCACUCAUAUUUCCUUGUUCCCUCCCCUUCAGAUCUACAGUUUGACGAUGGGUGUAACUAACAUGUAAUGUAGUACAAGAGCUGUCAGGCUGCAUUCACUGCAGGAACACAUGUUGUUCAGAUCAGAGCUCAAAUUUGUUUCACUUCUCAGGAAGUGAAACUCAGACAGUCGUUGCCACUGAGAGCUGAAAUGGAGCAGAAAGGAGUUCAGCUGGACAGAGAAACCUUCUCUUGUUCGAUCUGUCUGGAUCUACUGAAGGAUCCGGUGACUAUUCCCUGUGGACACAGCUACUGCAUGAACUGUAUUAAAGGCUUCUGGGAUGAAGAAGAUCAGAGGAAGAUCUACAGCUGCCCUCAGUGCAGACAGACCUUCACACCGAGGCCUGUCCUGGUGAAAAACACCAUGUUAGCAGCUUUAGUGGAGCAGCUGAAGAAGACUGGACUCCAAGCUGCUCCUGCUGAUCACUGCUAUGCUGGACCUGAAGAUGUGGCCUGUGAUGUCUGCACUGGGAGGAAGCUGAAAGCCCUCAAGUCCUGUCUGCAGUGUCUGAUGUCUUACUGUGAGAAACACCUCCAGUUUCAUUAUGAAUCACUUAGAUUUAAAAAGCACAAGCUGGUCGACCCCUCAGAGAAGCUCCAGGAGAACAUCUGCUCUCGUCAUGAUGAGGUGAUGAAGAUGUUCUGCCGCACUGAUCAGCAGAGUAUCUGUUAUCUCUGCUCUGUGGAUGAACAUAAAGGCCACGACACAGUCUCAGCUGCAGCAGAAAGGACUGAGAGGCAGAGAGAGCUCGAGGUGAGUCGACAAAACAUCCAGCAGAGAAUCCAGGACAGAGAGAAAGAUGUGAAGCUGCUUCAACAGGAGGUGAAGGCCGUCAGUCGCUCUGCUGAUAAAGCAGUGGAGGACAGUGAGGAGAUCUUCACUGAGCUGAUCCGUCUCAUCCAGAAAAGAAGCUCUGAUGUGAAGCAGCAGAUCAGAUCCCAGCAGGAAACUGAAGUGAGUCGAGUCAAAGAGCUUCAGGAGAAGCUGGAGCAGGAGAUCACUGAGCUGAAGAGGAAAGACGCUGAACUGAAGCAGCUCUCAUACACAGAGGAUCACAUCCAGUUUCUACACAACUACCCCUCACUGUCACAACUCAGUGAACCUACAGACUCAUCCAGCAUCGAUAUCCCAUCAGUAACCAUUUCAUACUUUGAGGAUGUGACAGCAGCUGUGUCACAGCUCAGAGAUCAACUACAGGACAUCCUGAGGGACAAAUGGACAAACAUCUCACUGACAGUGACUGAAGUGGACGUUUUACUGCCACAACCAGAUCCCAAGACCAGAGCUGGAUUCUUAAAAUAUUCACGUGAAAUCACUCUGGAUCCAAACACAGCAAACACAUAUGUGUUAUUAUCUGAGGGGAACAGAAAAGCAAAAAUGAAUCAACCACGGUCUUAUUCUAGUCACCCAGACAGAUUCACUUAUUGGCGUCAGGUCCUGAGUAGAGAGAGUCUGACUGGACGUUGUUACUGGGAGGUGGAGUGGAGCGGGAGAGGACUUCGUGUAGCAGUCGCAUACAAGAAUAUCAGCAGAGCAGGAGACUCGGACGAAUGUAGAUUUGGACGCAACAACAAAUCUUGGGCUUUACAUUGUGACACUAACAGUUAUGAAUUUUGGUUCAACAAUAUCUCAACUCCUGUCUCAGGUCCUGGUCCUCAGUCCUCCAGAGUAGGAGUGUACCUGGAUCACAGAGCAGGUAUUCUGUCCUUCUACAGCGUCUCUGAAACCAUGACUCUCCUCCACAGAGUCCAGACCACAUUCACUCAGCCUCUCUAUGCUGGACUUCAUCUUUGUUUUUUUCAUGGAUCCACAGCUGAGUUCUGUAAACUCAAAUAG